UCCAAAAUGAGGGAAAAUAAGAACAUGUCCGAGUCCCCGUCUCAAGCGGGAAAAGAAAUACCGGCGAAAAAACAGAAACUGAGCAGUGACGAGAACAGUAAUCCCGAUUUAUCAGGAGACGAGAAUGACGAUGCGGUCAGCGUUGAGAGCGGGACCAAUGCAGAGCGCCCAGACACACCCACCAACACCGCCAACGCCCCGGGCAGGAAGAGCUGGGGCAAGGGCAAGUGGAAGUCCAAGAAGUGCAGAUAUUCUUUCAAAUGUGUCAACAGCCUGAGGGAGGACCACGGCCAGCCGCUGUUUGGAGUCCAGUUUAAUUGGCACAGCAAGGAGGGAGACCCGCUGGUAUUUGCUACAGUCGGGAGUAACAGGGUAACUCUGUAUGAAUGUCACUCUCAGGGAGAAAUCCGACUCUUGCAGUCUUACGUCGAUGCCGAUGCAGACGAGAACUUCUACACGUGCGCCUGGACCUACGACACCAACACCAGCCAUCCCCUGCUGGCCGUCGCCGGGUCCCGAGGCAUCAUCCGAGUGAUCAACCACAUCACAAUGCAGUGCAUCAAGCAUUACGUCGGUCACGGGAACGCCAUCAACGAGCUCAAGUUUCACCCGAGGGAUCCGAAUCUCCUCCUGUCUGUCAGCAAAGAUCACGCCCUGCGACUGUGGAACAUUCAGACGGACACUUUGGUGGCCAUAUUUGGAGGAGUGGAAGGUCAUCGAGAUGAAGUCCUGAGCGCCGAUUUCGACCUGCUGGGUGAGAAGAUUAUGUCGUGUGGGAUGGACCACUCGCUAAAGCUUUGGAGAAUCAAUUCAGAGAGGAUGCAGAAAGCCAUCCGUGGGUCUUACGAGUACAACCCGUCCAAGACUAACAGGCCUUUCGUCUCACAGAAAAUUCACUUCCCCGACUUCUCCACACGAGACAUCCACAGAAACUACGUGGACUGUGUGCGGUGGCUCGGAGACCUCAUUCUCUCUAAGUCUUGUGAAAACGCCAUCGUCUGCUGGAAACCAGGGAAGAUGGAGGACGACAUCGAUCACAUCAAACCUAACGAGUCGAAUGUGACGAUCCUGGGCCGCUUCGAUUACAGCCAGUGUGACAUCUGGUACAUGCGCUUCUCCAUGGACUUCUGGCAGAAGAUGCUGGCUCUGGGGAACCAGGUGGGGAAACUCUACGUCUGGGACCUAGAGGUGGAAGAUCCACAUAAAGCAAAGUGCACCACGCUGACCCUCCCCAAAUGCACGUCGGCGAUCCGGCAAACCAGCUUCAGCCGCGACAGCAGCAUUCUGAUCGCGGUGUGCGACGACGCCUCCAUCUGGCGUUGGGAUCGACAACGCUGAGCGCAGUUCGGACUGAAGGCUCCUAGGUUUCUGUUGCUUCCCUCAUCCCAUAGAGCUGUUAAAAAACGUUGAACAUUUAGCCUCACAUGUGGUCCAAUUAUUCCGUUUUUUUUUUUCUCAAAAUGAAAAAAACAACAACAAUGAAUUCCCACAUUUUUAUCCAACAAAAACUGGAAUUUCUUUGUUUGGAUAAAGUUUUGAGCCACAACAAUUGUUAAAACAUAUUGCCCCAAUGAUGUAGAUGAAUGUAUAAAAUGAUAUUCCUCUGUGUGCCUUCUAGUUUCUAUGCAUUCAUUGAAAUAACACCACAGAGACGAGAGGGAUUUAAACAUCUUUAUCGCUUGUUUUAAGAAAAAUAAGUUCAGAUUCAUCGACAAAAAUGACCAAAUUUGGAUUUUUUUUUUUUUGCAGUGUGCCCGUUUUAUAUGGCUUCGUACACAGAGUAAAAUCACAUCCUGUUUCUUACAUUGAUCCUUUUUAGUGCCCCCUUUGUUUGCUUUGAUGCCACCUCCUCCCCCCCACAAACACACUUUCACUGUUGUUGCAUAAUUUAUUGAGUUCCCUCAAUAAAAAGUUUUUGUAAAUAUGUGCUCAAGAGUCAGUUUGUGUGCUAAAAAUCUGACACUGGUUUGAUGUUUAGCAGGAUUUUUAUGUUGUUUUUGUUGAUCUCCAACACACAGAGAGAGAGAACAGCAAACUGGCUCUUAUUUCAACAGUUUUGACUGAAGUCUCUUGUUAAUAAAGAGGAUGAGGGGGGUCUUUUUGUCUUUAUGUACUUGGAUUUAUUUGGAUUGAAUAAAAGUUAUUUUUCUAAAGAGA